AUGCUGGGCUGGGUUCUGAGACGAGGGUUGGAGGGCGCGCCUGGUGGAAACAGAGCAAACGCAGACGACACGACGCAGAUUGAGCAACCAGACACGCCCGCACCCGUCUUCGCUGCCCGCGCGCUGAAAAAUGCCAUCUUUGGGACUCCCGCACGACCAGGCGACGACAACACCGCGAAUAUGGCGCAUCGCAGGGACGCAGAUGAUUCCGACGCAGAGUCCCGGACGCCGUUAAAGCCUCAGGGCAUUCUCCUUACUCCCGGGACCGGGACUUCCCGACGGAAACGCGUUUCGUUCGGACACGACGUAUUAGAUAAUAAGAAAUUCGACAAGAAGGGCAAAGGGAAAGAGAGCGACGAACGACUUGGAAAGUUCCCCGAGAGCUUUACCGACUCGGGCAGCGACUCCGCAAGCAAGCGCACCAAGUUGACAGAGGCAAUGGAGAACUCUCGACGAAACAAGGGGACUGCGAACCUGCGAGAGAGGAGCCAGACACGCGCUAACGGAACGAGGGCAGACGACGCAGAGGAUGAAUGGGAAGAGGCCGACGACGAUCAGUACACACAAGACGUGACGAUAGACCUUAACGAGCCUCAUUCGCGGUCGGGCAAAUACUGGAAGUCGGAAUUUGAGCAGUAUCACCAGGACGCUAAAGCCGAGAUGGAAAAACUGCUCAAGUACAAGCAACUGGCGAAAUCCUACGCCAAGAUGAAGGAUGCCGAAGCCAUCGACCUGAACGCGAAACUCAAGGAGGAGCAAGAGAAAGUUGCGCAGAUGGAGAUGAGGAUUUCCGAGAUGGCGGCGCAAAUUGCUUCGAAGCGCGCCAGUGGCGAGGAACGGGACAACCCUCAGCUGAUGAAGGACUUGGCCAAGCAGACGGCCGUCGCUGUGGAGUACAAAACACAGGUAAAGGAGCUGGAAGCGUUGCUGGGUAACCGUGACGGAGACGAGGAUGAAGGAGAUGCGCGGAGCAGACGCCGAAGGCAGGCCGCCUCUCCACGCACCCACAAAGCGCUGCUCGAGACGCAGCGCGAGCUGAGAAAGGCCAGAGCUCAAAUCAAGGAGAAUGGCCAGUUGCGAGAGGAGGUUGAGAGAUUGAAGUCCGAUCUCCUGUUUGCCGAGCAACGGGCGAAUAAACUCGCCGAGGAGAACAAGCGGCUUGCCGAACAACAGCCCUCGCUGAACAAAGAGACAACCUCAUCGAGAAAAGAAGUGGAAGAACUGAAAGAGGCGACUCGACAGAAGGACGAAGAGCUGCGCAAGCUUAAGUCGGAUUUUGAGGCCUACCGGACGGAUGCCGAAGCCACGCAAGAAGAUACCCGACACAUCCUGGAGAAAGCAACCGAUAAAAUCAACGAGCUGAAGAGGGAGAUCAAGACGCUCAAGGCGGGCUCAGGCGAGGCAUCCAAGUCCAGGGCUGCAGCCACUUCACUGGCUGACCGCGAGCAUGUUGCAAGGGAGCAUCGGGCGCAGGACAACGACCGCCUCGCUGUAACCAGUAAGGCCCAGAAGCCCUCGGUUGAUACCAACCGGCGAAGCCUCGACCUGGUGGAAUCCCUCGGCAAGAAGCUCAACGCAACGAGGUCCCAGAAUAUUCGGGACAAGUAUCAGCGAGACGACGAGUCUCUAAGUUCAGAAGAGGAGGAGCUCGUAAAGGAGCCCCCGAGACGUCCCCAGUCCGAAAUUUUCUCCAACCGCGUCGACCUGGACAAGCCUAAGUGGCGGCCAUUCAUCCCAAGGUCGCCUCGCAACAGAGAAUACCUUGGGGCUGAUCUGAAUGAACGGAUCGUGACUUCGACCGAGAUCCCGUCGGGAACCACGCCGGCUCCGCGGCACAGGUUUGCGAGCAAGGAUAACAAUGCCCCCAUUGACUUGUUGCAAGAUCGGUUCGCCCGGCUUGGCGGUCCAGAUAUGGAUGCCAGCAACAUGGCGGCGAACAUGUCAAAGAGCACGCUGCCUCCCGAGCGGCGGGCCGCGGCAAUCGCACGAAUAGAACGGAGGAAGGCCGACAAGAAACGCGCCGCCUCGGGCCAGGGCAACAAUAACAAGGAAAACAUGCGACCUCAGCGCUAA